AGCAUCCACAACAUAUGUGAAACUCCGGCUCAGCUGUCACUCGGACUCGAACCCUUUCGCCGGCGGCAUGUGGCUCCCAUACAGCAGACGCACUCUGUGUCUCCUCGUCUUCACUGUCCUCCUGUCGCAGGAAUGUCUACGAUGGGUUGAGGCACAGCACUGUGUCUGGUAUGGGGAGUGUGGGGAGUCCCAACUGGUGCACGAAAAAAAGUACAACUGUAACUACACUGGUCCUCCCAUCCCUCUACAGCCUGAGGGGUUUGAGCUUCUCACGGAACUUUGUCCUGGAUAUGACUAUGAAAAUCGAAGCCUCUGCUGUAAUGUGGACCAGUUGCGCACUCUCAAAGGGAGUCUCCAGCUGCCCCUGCAGUUCCUGUCUCGGUGUCCUGCCUGUUUCUUCAACCUGAUGAACCUCUUCUGUGAGCUGACAUGCAGCCCCCACCAAAGUCAGUUCAUGAAUGCCUCUGAGAUCAACGGCACCAGUGUAACGGAAGUGCAGUAUUACGUUGGACAAAGAUUUGCUAGCGCCAUGUAUAAUGCCUGUAAGGACGUCCAGGCACCAUCCACCAACGUGAAGGCCAUAUCAAUAGUGUGUGGCAAAGAUGCAAAAGACUGUAACGCUACUAACUGGAUCCAGUUCAUGUUUGAUAUCAACAAUGGACAGUCUCCCUUCCCUAUCAUCCCAAUAUUCUCAGAUGUCCCGGUGUCUGGUUACACUCCCAUGAACAACAAGACAUACGCCUGCACCGAGGGCUUGGAGGACGGCUCUGGUCCUUGCUCCUGUCAGGACUGCACCAACGCCUGUGGGCCCCGACCCGUACCUCCCCCUCUCCCCCCACCCUGGACAAUCUUUGGUAUCGAUGCUAUGACCGUCAUCAUGUGGAUCUCAUACGUGGCCUUCCUGCUGAUCUUUUUCGGAGCUGUACUGAUUGCGUGGUGUUACAGGAAAAGGAGGAUCAUGUCCGAGUAUGGCCCCAUACUGGACAGCAAUAACCCGCUGUCUCUCAACAGUGAUAAUCCUGACCAAGUCAAUGCAUCAUGUUGUGAAAGUCUCGGCGAACGCUUCGAGAAUGCACUGCGCGUCUUCUUCUGCUCCUGGGGUUCCUUCUGCGUGCGACAUCCCUCUGUGGUCAUACUGGGGAGCCUGAUAGUCGUGGUCGCCUCCUCUGGUGGGCUGGUCUACAUGCGCAUCACCACCGACCCCGUUGAUCUGUGGUCGGCUCCCACCAGCCAGGCUCGUCAAGAGAAGGACUACUUUGACAAACACUUCGGCCCCUUCUUCAGAACUGUACAGCUCAUUAUAACCACUCCAAUCAAUGACACUACCGUCUACUCCCCAUACCCUGCCGGAUCGGACGUCCCAUUCAAAGCCAUACUGGAUAAAGACAUCCUGCACCAGGUGCUGGAUUUGCAGCUUGACAUCGAAGCCAUUGUGGCCCCAUACAAGGAUCAAACCGUCACCCUGAAGGACAUCUGCUUGGCCCCUCUGGCCCCCUACAAUGACAACUGUACCAUCCUGAGUGUCCUCAACUUCUUCCAGAACAGCCACGCUGUGUUGGACCACACGAAGGGAGAUGAAUUCUUUGUCUGGGCUGACUAUCACAGUCACUUCCUCUACUGUGUCAGUGCACCAGCAUCCCUUAACGACACCACCGCCCUCCACGACCCUUGUUUGGGCACGUUUGGGGGCCCCAUCUUCCCAUGGCUCGCCCUCGGGGGUUACGAUGAGACCAACUACAACAAUGCCACCGCUCUAGUGAUCACCUUUCCACUCAACAACUACCUGAACGACUCAGUCAGGCUGGACAAAGCUCUGGCGUGGGAGAAAGAAUUCAUCAAGUUCAUGAAGAACUUCACAAACCCCAACCUGACCAUAGCGUUCAGUGCAGAGAGGAGUAUUGAGGAUGAGAUUAACAGAGAGAGCAACAGUGACAUCAGCACCAUCGUGAUCAGCUACGCUAUUAUGUUCAUCUACAUCUCCCUGGCCCUGGGUCACAUCCAAAGCUGCAGGAGAGUGAUGGUGGACUCAAAGAUUUCUUUGGGUAUAGCUGGUAUCCUGAUUGUGCUCAGCUCUGUGUCCUCCUCACUGGGGAUCUUCAGCUAUGCUGGUAUCCCUCUCACCCUCAUUGUAAUUGAGGUCAUUCCCUUCCUGGUGCUGGCUGUCGGAGUGGACAACAUCUUUAUUAUAGUGCAGACGUACCAGAGAGAUGAGCGGAUGCCACACGAGGAGCUUCACCAGCAGAUCGGUCGUAUCCUUGGUGACGUUGCCCCGAGCAUGCUCCUCUCCUCGUUCUCUGAGACGGUGGCCUUCUCCCUGGGAGCCUUGACGAACAUGCCUGCAGUGAGGACUUUCUCUCUGUUUGCUGGCCUGGCUGUUUUUAUUGAUUUCCUGUUGCAGAUCAGUUGCUUUGUCAGCUUGCUCGGCUUGGACGCAGAACGACAGGAGGGGAACCGACUUGACAUCAUCUGCUGCGUGAAGCUGCCAGAAGGUCAGGAAACAAAGACGGAUGGUUUCCUCUUCCGCUUUUUCAAGAAAGUCUAUGCCCCAUUCAUCCUCAAAGAGUGGGUGCGACCAAUCAUAGUGGCAGUGUUUGUUGGAGUACUCUCCUUCAGUAUUGCUGUCAUGAACAAAGUGGAGAUUGGACUGGACCAGAAAUUAUCCAUGCCUGAUGACUCGUACGUGCUGGACUACUUUAAGAACAUGAGCGAGUAUCUCCACACUGGCGCUCCAGUGUACUUUGUGGUGGAGGAUGGUGUGAACUACAGUAGCCUGGAGGGUCAGAAUGUUGUAUGUGGUGGAGUGGGCUGCAACAACGACUCUCUGGUCCAGCAGGUCUACUCUGCCUCACUCAUCAGCAACUACACAACCAUAGCCCUCACACCGUCCUCCUGGUUGGACGACUACUUCGACUGGGUGAAGCCUCAGUCCACUUGCUGUCGUUACAUCAACGCCACCGGGGCUUUCUGCAAUGCUUCAGUGGUAAACUCAUCGUGUGUUCACUGUCGGCCCAUGACUCCGAGUGGAAAGCAGAGGCCAGAAGGUGAAGACUUCAUGAAGUUUCUACCCAUGUUCCUGUCGGACAAUCCCAACGUCAAGUGUGGAAAAGGCGGCCACGCAGCCUACGGCACAGCGGUGGACCUGUAUCCCAAUGACGCAGGCGUGGGAGCCACUUACUUUAUGACUUUCCACACCAUCCUGAAGGAAUCCCCAGACUUCAUAAAUGGUUUGAAAAUGGCCCGAAAUCUGGCUCAUAACAUCAGUCAGUCCAUGAACCACAAAGUGUUUGCCUACAGCAUCUUCUACGUUUUUUACGAGCAGUACCUCACCAUAGCGUACGACACGGCUCUGAACUUGAGCGUGUCGCUGGCGGCCAUAUUUGUGGUGACGGCGAUUUUGUUGGGCUUCGAGCUGUGGUCAGCGGUGGUCGUCUGCAUCACCAUCGCCAUGAUCCUGGUCAACAUGUUCGGCGUCAUGUGGCUGUGGGGCAUCAGCCUCAACGCUGUCUCCCUGGUGAACCUGGUCAUGACCUGUGGUAUCUCGGUGGAGUUCUGCAGUCACAUCGUGCGAGCGUUUUCCAUCAGCGUGAAGAAGAACCGAGUGGAGCGGGCUGAGGAGGCUCUGGCUCACAUGGGCAGUUCUGUAUUCAGUGGAAUCACGCUCACAAAGUUUGGAGGUAUCAUAAUCCUGGGGCUGUCCAAGUCGCAGAUCUUCAAGGUUUUCUACUUCAGGAUGUACCUGGCCAUAGUUCUGCUGGGGGCCACACACGGCCUCAUCUUCCUCCCCGUGCUGCUCAGCUAUAUCGGUCCGUCGGUGAACAAAGCAAAGGUGUUUGCUGCUAACAAGCGCAACGCCGGCACAGAAAGGGAGCGGCUCCUCAACUACUAGGAGGCCGCGGACAAUGAACAAUGCCCUGACUAUUUGUCUGGUAGGGACUGUGUGGGUGUGAGCGCGAGGCAGUUUCUGUGACUACUGACACACUCAUCGUCAUUGCCACUACUAUGCACGUAUUUCACUCAGGAAUACACUUGGGAAUGCCAGAGGCCUUGUUGGGCUGCACACUCGUAUCGACUUCUGCAGCAGACUUCAGACCCCCGACAUUCCGCACACUACAGGACAAGCCCGACCUCGGUAUUUGAAGCGUGAGCAGCGUGCCGCGGGACAGAUUUCAACACUUUGACUGUGUGGACGUAAGAGAGACACCACCCCCGCCACCAUUUUAAAGACAAACCCUCAGUCAGAUUCUAUGAGCUAUUUUGAUAAGGGAAAACGUAAAAGGGUAAAACUGAUCAGUUUGUUUUUUUCAUGUGUUUUUGUUUUUUUUAAAUAUAUGCCAGAAACAAAUAUAUAUAAAUAGAUCUGACUUUUUUUUUUUGUUUUUUUUACUUUUUUAGAACUGUUUGAUAUUAUGAAUCUUUUAUUUACUGUAACACAGCCCUCACCGGAGCUAACCAAUAACAAUAGCAAUAUCAUAAGUCCUCCAUAAUACCUGACAUCAACAUGAAUCCUAUUUAGAGCUGUGUCGGCAAACUGCAUCAUAAAGACGUACGGCUCAUUUUCACCUAGCAAUAAUAUUUUUCCUGUGCACCUAAGGAAUCUGGGAUUAGCUUGUAAGUACUGAGACAGUCAUGUUUUUACGCGAGUACACUGGAUUUGAAAUUAAAAGUGUCUUUUAGCUUUACAA